CCUCCCCUUCUUCCCUUCGUCUCCCUUCCCCGUCGUUCGAGAGGUGGGCGACCAAGCUGGUGGCGCGCCGAUCUCCCGAUCUGGUGGCCCGCGUCCUCCCCGAUCCGCCGCGGACCGACGCGCCCGGCCCGGAUUUGGCGCUGUGGGAGGAUCAGCGUCCGUCGCCGCCCGGGGAGGCUCCGAUUCGCGGGCGGUCCAUGGCGACCCCCGACGACGGCCCGGCGCCGGCCGGGGGGCGCAAGUUCUGGCGCUCCGUGUCGUGGUCCGAGGCGCGGGAGCCGCCGCCGCCGGCCCCGCCGGACGUCGCGGGCGGGCAGUCCCGCCGCGGCUUGCCGCCGCCGCCGCUCACCCCGCGGUCGAUGAGCUCCAAGGCGCGGUCGUGCCUCCCGCCGCUGCAGCCGCUCGCCAUCACCCGCCGCAGCCUGGACGAGUGGCCCAAGGCGGGGUCCGACGACGUUGGCGAGUGGCCCAACCCCACCACGCCGGGCGCCUCCAGGGCGGGCGGCGGCGGGGGCGGGUCCUCCCCCGCCAAGCCCGGGGAGGGGCUCCGCCUCGACCUCUCCUCGCUCCGGUCGCAGGGGCGCAAGGACCAGAUCGCCUUCUUCGACAAGGAGUGCUCCAAGGUCGCCGACCACGUCUACCUCGGCGGCGACGCCGUCGCCAAGAACCGCGACAUCCUCAGGAAGAACGGCAUCACCCACGUGCUCAACUGUGUGGGCUUUGUCUGCCCGGAGUACUUCAAGUCGGACCUAGUCUACCGCACCCUCUGGCUGCAGGACAGCCCCACCGAGGACAUCACCAGCAUCCUGUACGACGUGUUUGACUACUUCGAGGACGUCAGGGAGCAGGGCGGCCGCGUGCUUGUGCAUUGCUGCCAGGGGGUGUCACGCUCCACGUCGCUGGUCAUCGCCUACUUGAUGUGGAGGGAAGGCCAGAGCUUCGAUGACGCCUUCCAGUUUGUCAAGGCUGCCCGGGGGAUCGCAAAUCCAAACAUGGGCUUUGCAUGCCAGCUUCUCCAGUGCCAGAAGCGUGUGCAUGCGAUUCCGCUGUCACCAAAUUCAGUGCUCAGGAUGUACCGCAUGGCGCCUCACUCCCAGUAUGCCCCUCUGCAUUUGGUGCCCAAAAUGCUCAACGACCCAUCCCCAGCCACCCUUGACUCUAGAGGCGCGUUCAUUGUGCAUGUUCUCUCGUCGCUCUAUGUCUGGGUUGGAAUGAAGUGUGAUCCGGUAAUGGAAAAGGAUGCAAAGGCUGCUGCGUUUCAGGUAGUGAGGUAUGAGAAGGUGCAGGGGCACAUCAAGGUUGUGAGAGAAGGUCUGGAGCCGCAGGAGUUCUGGGAUGCAUUUUCAAGUAUGCCACCUAAUUCAGAUAGUAAUACAAAGAUUAGCAAGGACCAGAUCGAUUCAGCAUCCAAGAGUGACCCAGGAAGCCGGAAAAAUGAGUCCUAUGACGCUGAUUUUGAGCUUGUCUACAAAGCAAUCACUGGGGGAGUGGUCCCUGCAUUUUCAACUUCUGGGGCUGGUGAUGAGACCCAUCUUCCAGCUAGAGAAAGUAGCUGGAGUUUACUGAGGCACAAGUUUAUCUCCAGGUCGCUAGCUCGUGUUUAUUCAGAUUCUGCUCUAAUGAAGGAUUUUGAUCCACGGGUACAACACCUGGCUGCUGAGGCAUCAACCUCACCUCCUUUCCUUUCUCCAAGCUCCUUAUCAUCGGAUUCAAGUGUCAGCUCGAAGUAUAGUUCAGACUCACCCUCCUUAUCACCUACAACUGGCUCUCCACCAUCAUUUGGCCUCUCGCCUGCUUCAUCUAAUCUGACACAUGCUUUGGUGCCAUCAUCCAGGUCUCCCCUUUCUCAAUCAUCUAAUGAAGGAGCUUCAAAGCCUUCUGGCAUGGAAUCAAUACACUCUCCUUCCAAGACCUCUUCUAUAGCAGAAAGGAGAGGAGGCUUCACACUUCUAAAGCUACCAUCUCUCCAAAAGGAUCUUGUAUUGCCACCAAGGGUGCCGUCUAUUGUAUUGCCACCAAGGGCGCCAUCUAGUAUUCGCAGGACCGAGGAUGCCUCAGAUAAUAGUACAAAUGGGGUUAAACAGCUGACUAGUGAGUUUUGCUCAGAAAAAUGCACUGGUAAUAGUUUGAGCUCGCAUUCUGAAACUAGAUUAAUUGAGCGUACUGACAGUAACUCAGAAGUCUGCAGUAAUGCACAACUUGUAGUCUACCAGUGGCCCAGCAUGGGAAAGCUAACUACAUUUGCACGCAAGGAUCUUGACCCGAAGUCGGUUUUAAUUUUUGUUACUUCGAAUGCCAUCAGGAGAGGAGAAGCAGUUAAAAUGGUGUAUGUAUGGGUAGGAGGCGAAAAUGAGAGCAGCAAGAGUGUUGACUCUGUCGAUUGGCAACAGGUCACUAGUGAUUUUCUUCAUCUAAAGGGCCUCAGCAAUGUUCUUCCUGUCAAGGUUUUCAAGGAGCAUGAAGCUGAGAAUCUUUUGGAACUACUGAAUGUUAGUUAACAUUAGGCAGUAGCUAUCAGGAUAUUGUAGUUGCUUAACAAACUCAACGAAGGCAUGCCCUCCAGCAUCAGUCGGUACCGAUGAUUGUCAGCGAGGUAUAAAGCCACAGCCAUUCCCUUGAACAUAAUAAGCUACAAACAGAUUCCGUUCUGCAACUGCGCCUCAUGAUCUAUAUUUUGUCCAGAUGGCAGGAGGCUGCCAUGGGCGUUGUAUCCGUUGCAAAUUAGCAUUCGUGGUGUAGGCGCAAUCGGCCGAUUCGGUGUAUAUUAUCCGCUCCCCUGUAAUGUAAGCUCAGAUACUGGGAGCUGGUGUGUCGACAGUUACUUUUUAGCCUAAACAUUCUUGUACAUCUUUGAAAGGAACAGAGUUGUAAUCCUUUUGACUAUGUAAAUGGCUCCAUUGGUCAUAACUUCUAAACCAUGUAGAACUCAGUUGCUAGCUGGUAAUCUCCAGUUCCAUACAAUUUACUAAAUGAGCUAAACUGCAGUUUCUGGUA